GGAAGCUAGCGCGGGCCCCGCUAGCCCCGCGGCCCUGAACUCGGUGGUCUCGUCUCGGAGGCUGCGCAGGAUGGGGGAGAAGAUGGCGGAAGAGGAGUCCCUCAACACGACUCAUGACGUUCCCAAUGUCACCUUCCACACCACCCUGAUUGUCACCACGAAGCUGGUGCUCCCGACCCCGGCCAAGCCCAUCCUUCCCGUGCAGACGGGGGAGCAGGCCCAGCAGGAGGAGCAGUCCAGUGGCAUGACCAUCUUCUUCACCCUCCUCGUCCUAGCAAUCUGCAUCAUAUUGGUGCAUCUCCUGAUCCGGUACCGAUUACACUUCCUACCCGAGAGCGUGGCUGUGGUUUCUCUUGGUAUUCUCAUGGGGGCAGUUAUAAAAUUUAUAGAGUUUAAAAAACUGGCAAAUUGGAAGGAAGAAGAAAUGUUUCGUCCAAACAUGUUUUUUCUGCUGUUGCUUCCGCCUAUCAUAUUUGAGUCAGGCUAUUCAUUGCACAAGGGAAACUUCUUCCAGAAUAUCGGGUCCAUCACCCUGUUUGCCGUUUUUGGGACGGCAAUUUCUGCUUUUGUAGUAGGUGGAGGAAUUUAUUUUCUGGGUCAGGCUGAUGUCAUCUCUAAACUCAACAUGACAGACAGCUUUGCCUUCGGGUCCCUCAUCUCCGCCGUGGACCCGGUGGCCACCAUCGCCAUCUUCAACGCCCUGCACGUGGACCCCGUGCUCAACAUGCUGGUCUUCGGGGAGAGCAUCCUCAACGACGCCGUCUCCAUCGUCCUGACCAACACAGCUGAAGGUCUAACAAGGAAAAACACGUCCGACGUCAGCGGGUGGCAGACGUUCCUGCAGGCCCUCGGCUACUUCCUCAAGAUGUUCUUUGGCUCCGCCGCCCUGGGCACGUUCACGGGCCUCAUCUCAGCGCUGGUCCUGAAGCACAUCGACCUCCGGAAGACGCCCUCGCUGGAGUUCGGCAUGAUGAUCAUCUUCGCCUACCUCCCUUACGGGCUGGCGGAAGGAAUCUCGCUCUCUGGCAUCAUGGCCAUCCUGUUCUCCGGCAUCGUGAUGUCCCACUACACGCACCACAACCUGUCCCCCGUCACCCAGGUCCUCAUGCAGCAGACGCUGCGCACCGUGGCUUUCCUGUGCGAAACAUGUGUGUUUGCAUUUCUUGGCCUGUCCAUUUUUAGUUUCCCUCACAAGUUUGAAAUUUCCUUUGUCAUCUGGUGCAUAGUGCUGGUGCUGUUUGGCCGCGCGGUGAACAUCUUCCCUCUCUCCUACCUCCUGAACUUCUUCCGUGAUCACAAGAUCACGCCCAAGAUGAUGUUCAUCAUGUGGUUCAGUGGCCUGCGGGGCGCCAUCCCCUACGCGCUGAGCCUGCACCUGGACCUGGAGCCCAUGGAGAAGCGGCAGCUCAUCGGCACCACGACCAUCGUCAUCGUCCUCUUCACCAUCCUGCUGCUGGGCGGGGGCACCAUGCCGCUCAUCCGCCUGGUGGACAUCGAGGACGCCCGGGCGCGGCGCCGCAGCAGGAAGGACGUCAACCUCAGCAAGACCGAGAAGAUGGGCAACACGGUGGAGUCGGAGCACCUGUCGGAGCUCACGGAGGAGGAGUACGAGGCCCACUACGUGCGGCGGCAGGACCUCAAGGGCUUCGUGUGGCUGGACGCCAAGUACCUGAACCCCUUCUUCACUCGGCGCCUCACCCAGGAGGACCUGCACCACGGGCGCAUCCAGAUGAAGACCCUCACCAACAAGUGGUACGAGGAGGUGCGCCAGGGCCCCUCGGGCUCCGAGGACGAGGAGCAAGAGCUGCUGUGACGUGGGUGCCACCCACUCGGUCCCCCCAGGAGCCG